ACAGGUCGCCUGCCUGUUGCAGGGCUAACACAGAGAGACAGACAACCGUUCACACUCACAUAAGUAUAAUGCAUAGUGAAAUGUUAAUGUACCAACCCGGAUGAGCAUAAAUAAGAGGAAGACACAAAUAGAGAAGAGUUCCAGUCAAUAUGUUUUUAAAAAAUAGCCAAAAUUAGCAAACCAUGAUCCAAGUAUGAGUGGGUAGGGUUGGUAGGGUUAGGGGUUGGUAUCAGGUCGCAGUUUCACUCUCUGUUCAGUUGUCGACACAGAAAUGUGCAGUUAUUUAUUGUUCACGUACGAUGUUUUGUGAAGGUGGUGCAAAUGAUUAAUAAUUAUGAUGUUAUCCAUUCAAAAGUCAAAUAUGAUGUUCAUAAAAUAACCAGGCUCUCCCUGCAGUGUCACAGAUCACUGGCAGUCUUCAGUGGAAGUUACUCUGUGGCUCUAUGUCUACUUUCCUGUUGGAGCCAGAGCUCAUGUUUACUUCUGUUUUUUUGUUUUUUUUUUGUUUAGAAGUGCUAAAUAACUGCAGACCAUCAUGUCGUAGAAUCACAACAAAGCAACAGCCAUGGAAGUGGACACCACUUUUCUCAAAUCCAGGAGGGGGAUUGUGAAGGUGGCAGAGAUGGCGACUCUGUUUGUGGCAUUUGUGUGUUUUGUUGCAGCUUCCACACCUAAAUACAUUGCAGCCACGGUGCUGGAGUUUUUUAUCACCUCACUUCUGCUGGUGCUGUACCUGCUCAAACUCAACAAAAGGCUGACCUUCGUCUUUUGGCCUCUGGUUGAUGUGUUCAAUUCAGUCUUUGCAACAGUCUACUUCAUCAUCUUGAGCUUGAUGGCUAUGGCUACAUACACUGUUACAGGCAUGGUGGUUGGAGGGGUCGUGUGUUUCCUGUCAGCUGGGCUGCUGUGUGUGGACAGCUACUUGCUUUUCAAGAGCAUCACCUUCAACAGGCCGAGAGCUGAAGCGCAGAGUACAAACACAUGAAUUACAAUAAACUAACCACAGCAUGUGAGCGGUACUGGUUACUUUUGCAUUCUGUGUGUAGUUUUAAAGGCAAUCCUGUAACCAUAGAGUGUCUUAAAAUACGUUUUUACCACUUUUAAGUGUUUGUUAGUUUCUUCGUAGGCCUUCUUGAAUCUGUAGUUCUGCUGUGGCUGUUUUAGUUGCGUAAACUGUAAAGAGGGGGCGUAAAA